GCAUCCUAGGUUUUUCCUCUGCCCCUCUCCAGCUGUUUUGAAUGCUAGUCAAUUGCUUCAGUGAUCUUGCGGGUUUGCCAAUGGUGAACGUCUGCAAAGAGAGUCUUCUUCAAUUCGAUCAAGCAGUCUCAACUCCGCCAAUGAUUUCGAGAAGGAUGACUACUUCUGACAUCACUCCUCUUCUCUCAUCGAAAUUCCCUCGCAAUAUUGCCCGUCCUAGCCUUAGUUCCGAAUUCUAAGCGCAAUGUCCCAAUGCAAAGAGGCGUCUCAUCAUCGAUCCUACUUCUAUGUUGGCGGAGAGUACGUGAAGGCGGGCGGUGGCCAUGUCAUGGAGAAUCAGAUGUACGUUGAAAGACUUCUACCUGCGGAUGUCACAAAACCAUAUCCCAUUGUUUUCAUUCAUGGAGGUGCGCAAACAGGAACAAAUUGGUUGAACAAACCAGACGGCGGGAGAGGCUGGGCUUCUUGGUUCCUUGAACAAGGAUAUGAAGUCUACAUUGUGGACCAAGUACAUACAGGUCGUUCAGCAUGGUCACCCCAGAGCUCGUUCCCGCAAAUAAUGGCCCCAGUGGAGUACAUCCAAGAGCAUUUUACAGCUACAAAGAAUUAUCCUCUUUGGCCGCAGGCACACGGUCAUACACAAUGGCCAGGGACAGGAAUGAUGGGAGACCCGAUUUUUGAUGCCUUCUAUGCUUCCCAGGCUCAAUUUCUGGCGGAUCCAGUUGAACAAGAACGAACAAUGCGUCUGACUGGCAUAUCUUUGCUUGACAAGAUUGGCGAAUGUGUCUUGAUCACGCAUUCAAGAGGCGGAUUACAUGGCUGGGCAUGGGCGGAUGCACGACCAGCUCUUGUCAAGGUAUUGAUACAAGUCGAGCCUCGGGGUCCUCCUUUUCACGAAGCUAUAUUUUCUACCCGUUUUGUCCGACCGUGGGGAUUGACUUCCAUUCCUCUGACCUAUGAUCCAUCACCGAAAGAUGAGAAAGCUCCGUUGAGGACUAAGCUGCUGCCGGCGAGUUCAGAACAAGAAGUUGAUUGUUAUUUGCAAGACGAGCCUGCAAGGCAAUUGGUAAAUCUGAAGGAGAUGCCCAUCUUGGUUGUCACUGGAGCAGCAAGCUAUCAUGCUACGUACGAUCAUAGUAUUAUAGCUUUCCUCAGGCAGGCUUAUUGUGAGAAGGUGGACCAUAUGAAAUUGGGUGAUAUUGGUAUACAUGGGAAUGGACACAUGCUUUUUCUGGAGAAGAACAGCGACGAUAUCGCAGAAGCUCUAGAGAAGUGGAUUGACAAAACUCUGAGUUAUUGAUGUAUUUAGAAUAUCGAGUACUAGGUAAAUAUGACAGCAAUAUAACGUGAGCUUCGGUCAGCAGUGG